UGUAACUGGAUCUACUUUUUUAAUUUUGGAGGGAGAGGAGAGGAGGGCAUGCUCUGCUCGUCUCUGGAGAACACUUGCAAAGAGAAGAAAGUAGGAAGAGGAGGAUAGAAGAAGAAGAAGAGGAAGCAGCAGAGAGAGACACAGACGGAGAAGCUUCAGAGAGGACUUUGUAGAUGUUUGAUCAGACCACGACUAUGGGCGAUGGGAACCACCGCUGUGGACCCAACCCGCUGUGUCCGGACCGGAUGGAGACAAAGUGCCGCGCCGAGAUAGGGAGCAGGUCCCCGGUUCAGAGCUCCACCGACACCCCGGGGACGUCAGCGUCCACGCCGACGUCGUCCAGCGAGGACGGGCACGACAAACUUUUGGGAGUAGACCCUGACUACUGCCGGAGGAUACUAGUGAGAGACGCCAAGGGCACCAUCAGGGAGAUCGUCCUGCCAAAGGGACUCGACUUGGACCGGCCCAAGCGCACGCGGACCUCCUUCACGGCCGAGCAGCUGUACCGACUCGAGCUCGAGUUUCAGCGGUGCCAGUACGUCGUGGGCCGCGAGCGCACCGAGCUCGCGAGACAGCUGAAUCUCUCAGAAACGCAGGUCAAAGUUUGGUUCCAAAACCGGCGGACCAAACAGAAAAAAGACACCACCAAGGAUUCAGAUAAACGCUCCUCCACAACCAACGAGUCCUUAGCUACCUGCAACAUCCUGCGCCUCCUGGAGCAGGGCCGCCUCCUGUCAGGCCCCGCCCCUCCUCCUAACUCCCUCCUUGGGCCUCCUCCACAUCCGGCUAACGGCUCCCUGCUGAGCAGCCCUGGCGGAGGCUCCUCCACCUCUCCGGGGAUCAGCAGCAGCACUCCCCCCAGCUCCCUACCAGGAGGGACUUUCGGACUGUCAUUGCCGUCACUGGGCGGCGCCCCGCCCUCUCCGCGGCUUGGCGUCCCUCCGCCACACUCCCUGUGCUUUUCAAUGCCACUGCUGGGCGGCGCUCAUCACGAACUGACAUCCGCCUAUGGGUGUGGAUCCUCAGCUUUUGAGCCGUACAUGCGGCUGGACAGGAAGGAGACAGAUUUGGGAGGGAAGAAGACAGUUUCUUAAGUUAUACGUUUGUCUUUUAGGACGCCGGGGGUUGGCGCUUGUAAGAGCGCUCCUUCACCGCCUGUUUGAUACCUGACAGGCAGCACCCAGGGCGAAGAAAACACCCUGGAUCACAAGACUUGUGAAAAGGAGGGCUGCUUUUCUCGCGGCACUGUUUUGUGCCACAGCACUGACACAAAGCAAUGAAAAUGACUCGAUGUGACGGACUUUCCCACAUAAAAAAAGAAACAAAACUUGUGAAUUUUGCAGAAAUGCUGUGUGUACGUGUGACAGACAGAUGUUUUUAUCUCCACUCUCUUGGCAGUGGUUUUAAGUGACUCUUCACUUUGUGUCCAGUGAGUUUGUGCGUGUGUUUUUUCUCUAUACAGGCCUUCAUUUACUGUUCAGGAAAAAAAUAAUACUUGACAUGAGACGUUCAGAUUGAAUCAGCGUCUGAACGAGCUGAGCGGGAUUUUCAAAGAAAGCAGUUUGUACACAUUCCGGUACAUUUUCUCUGUACAAGUGGCCAUGUUUGAUUUUAGUUGAUGUGCUUUCACAAACGGAAGAAACACUGAAGAAAAAAAAAAAGAAUCGUAGCAUUUAAAUAUCAGCGUGUUUGGUGUCCAGCGGUAGUUUUUGUAAAUUCUUUAUUUGGUUGUGUUUGUGUAAGAAGUAUAAUGUGGUAGGAUCUGGGCUAAAUUGUGCAAAAAUCACAUAUCUAGAUCUGAUAAGUUAUCGUAAAAGAAGAAAAAGAGAAAGCUGGUUAGAUUCUGCCAAAGCAUUUAUGGAUGAAGCUCACAUAAUUCAUCCAAUCACUGAGGAGAGAUGACAUUUAAACCCUUUUCUUCACAGGUUCUGAACAUCUGUCCACAUUUACUGCUAUUUGUUCUCCAUCAUCAGUUUGUUUGGGAUUACUGAAAAUAAUCUUGAAAAUCUUUGAAAAAAAAACCAAACAUGUUCUGGCUCUAGUUAAGGAGUUUCUCUACCAUCUUUACACUAAAAGUAAUCAUUUUUGCAUCCCUUAAUGGGAUGAUAAUGUAGAGUUAAAAUAAGCCUCACAAAACCUAACAUUUGCUGCUGUUUUACCUCAAACACUUUCUUAUUUCUCUUGGUUUUAAGUCGGGCACAAAUUGUCCAUUAUCACAAGGAAUCUGGAUGUAUUUUCACACAGGAAUCUUCUACUUUAUGCACAUUUUUAGACUGCAGUAAGCUGCAGUAUCACAUGCAGAAAUUAGUUCUUUUAUUGCUGUUUUAUUUUCUUUAAAUUGAUAUUUGUCAUCCUGUUUUAGUUGGCCCCAUUUCUAGACGCUAGCCAGUUUCCCCCUCAUUGAAAGCACUUUAUGUUAGUAGGAUUUAACACACUUCCUCCCAGAUCUUUCCCUCCGUUAUAUAAUUUUGACCCCCUAAGUUAAAUCAAGAUAAGCUUUCAAAGAUUAGUCUGAAUCAAUGAGUUAACUCCUAUUUAAGAAUAAACACCCUCAUUUUCUCCUUUUAGCCACAUUUUGAUUAGUUUGACCUUAGCGUCUAAAGUAAGCCCACUUUGGGUGACAUUUCCCCCAAGUUAAAACUUCCCACUGGGCUGACAUGCUUUAAAAAGAUCAGGUGUAGUAAUGAGUUAAAAUUUCUCUCUUUACAUAGAGAAAUUUUCCCAGUUUUCUUUGUCGCCCAAAGAAAAUCAAAGCUAAUAUGGAAACUGCAGCCUGACCCCAAGUUGCUCCCACUUUGCCCCCAAUUUGCGCUAACUAAAUUCUUUUUUGCCUCUUUUUAAAACUUCUAUGUAUGCUUCCUCUUAUUUCCACCUCAUAUUUCAUCAUCUUUCUAUUUAUUCGUAGGUUUCGUCUCAUUGUGAGGUUUAAUACGUUCCUUAGAGGUCGGCCGACACCCAUUAAAAGAAACAUGAACAUUCCUCUGACAUCAAUUUAAAAGUAAACGCCAAGCAGAGGUGUGUUUCCUCGCUGCACAUACAUUUAUCGCUUGUGUGCAGGUUCUGACCUCAGCCUGAUGAAAAAAAAAACUCUGUCGGCUCUUUGGGGCCUUUUUGCACCCGUGUAGCUCUGUUUGCUAGCAGGUGAUUUGUUGCUGUUGUGUUUAGACCCGGCAGUGCCGCAAGGAAAAAAACCUGUUCUCCACUCACGGCUCUUUGCAGCGCUGUACCUGUGCUGUUGUUGAACACUGUAUUAUUUUCUAUAAGCACCAUCCAUAAUUCACAUGCCAGGGCAUCAAAUAUUGAGCAGGGAGAUGGAGCUGAGAGGUCAGGAGGCUCUGCUUCUCAUGUACCCUUUCACAGACCCUCGUUUUUUCUUUUUUUUUACUCACAUCAGGGUCUUUUUCUCUGGCGUUUUAUGCCUCUUUAACCCCUUUAUAAGCUGGACUUUUUUUUUUUUUUUUACAGGUUUUAAGAAAGUGGCUCCCAAAACUGUUCUUACUUGAUCAAAUUUUCAGGAAAUGUAAGCAGAAGGCAUUUAAGCAUUUACAAAACACAGUGUUGUCUUGAGCACUGACUCCAUUUUCUGUCACUGUGCGGUGGUGUUCAUGUAAAUCUGCAGUUACUGUAUCGUGUAAGAGAUAACGCCACUUCUGCAGGCGACAGAGAUGCUUUGUAAAGCCUUGAAACACAGCCUUUGGGGUUUUCUUUCACUUUCUUUUUUUGCUUCUUUUUCUGACAGUUUUUUUGAUUGUUGCUUUGUGCAAUCUGUGACAUCUUGCACUUGUUCGCCACCAUCUCUGAAGGCCUUCUUGUGGCUCUCACUUCCAGUUUUAUGAUUUCUGUUUUGAGGGUUAAGUCCUUUGAGAUUGUGUGGAACUUUUAUUUGAAAUUGAACUUUUUUUAUGCACAGCCAAGGUCCUGCAAAGGGCCAUUACGUCUUUUCUUUAAGCAGUAAAAAUAACUUAACAGCACCAGCUUCUACUUAUGCUGAAUAAACUCUAUGUACAUAUAUAUAAAGUUCUAUAUGAAUAUAUAUGAAUGGGUCUUUGCACACGUUAUCUCAAUGUCUGCUCCAUGUGAUUUAAACAGGAUUAAAAAAACACAAACUGCGAAGGAAGAUUCAGAAAAGAAGACUUUAUAUAUGCUUUACAGUUCUUUGUCUCAUUAACAUUUUGCACUUAUUUAA